AAUCCGUAAAAAAAAUCGCAAAAUGACAAAGUGCAAAUAACUCUUGUCUCUAAUCCCCCUGCUAAGCUCUUUUAUCUCUCCAUUCACACCGCGCACUAAAUCUACGAAAGAAAGCCAAAGAAAAGUUUUUAAGUCCUCAGGAUGGCAACACAAAAUCUCGAAUUCUCCCAGGCGAUGUCUGACUUCGCGACAAUGUUCCCCGAGUUCGACAGUGAUGUAAUUGAGGCAGUUUUGCGAGCCAAUUCGGGUGCCGUGGACGCCACAAUUGACGCACUGCUGCAAAUGAGCACGGACAAUCACAACGAGAAGCUCCGCAAUGAGCUCGAUGGAGGCGCAACGACAACGACAGACGGCAAAGGUGCCCCCGACUUGAUUGCAACAAAACCAGCAAAGUCAUCGAACGGCGGCGAAACGAACGGUGUCAAGGCAAAAAUACCGCCCGCACACAGUACAGCAACAAGUAAACGAUGGAAUCCGCCAAUUUUGGGUCCGUUGCCGCCGGGUUUUCUGCGACUCGCAACUACGCAAUACGGCGACGUGAGUUUGGAUGACGAGCAAUUUGCCGAAAUGCUGCAGAAUGAGGAGUUUAUGAAUGAAUUGCGAUGGAAUAAGGACUUUUUGACUGCCUUGGAAAAGGACAAAGUACAGGAUAAUUUGGCAUUUAAGGAUCGUCUGCGGAACAUGGGCAAGACAUCGCGCAAAAAAUUCCUGCAAUUAGCUCGAGUGUUCACCUGGCAACGCAACAAGAAGCCUCCCGUUAACUCAGGUCUCUUGCAGGAGGAGGCAAGUGAUGAAGAUACAGAUCUGAAAAUUCGAAAACAUUAAAAAAAUGCAUUUUCCUUAAAAAAAAUUUUAAACACAAAAAAAAAUAUUUCUAGUCAGUCGAUACAACUUGUGUAUUGCCAAUAUGAACAAGAAAUUGUUCAAGAAUUAUAUUAAAAUAUUGAUAAAUUAAAAUUAGGACUGUAAGGAUGUUAAAGUAACGGUAUUGUAUUGAAUGUACUUUUGUUUUUAUUGCGAGAAAUUGCAAGAAUUAAUAUUUAUUAUAAUUAAAUUUAGAAAAUAAAUACAAGAUAAAGUCUCGAUUUAAAAUUGCUUUUGAAAUAUUUUUUUUUUAAUUUUAUUUUUAUG